CAUGCCUCCCUUUGGGGAAACCCAGGCUUUAUCAAGGGCUGGAGGGACGACUCUGGGGACAAGCAGCCAUGGGAGUCAGAUGCGGGAUGAAGGCCACCAAGUGCCAGCUGCUGGUGACCAGCCUCUGUGUCAUGCUGCUGGGGUUGUCCAUUGCCACGCUGAGCACAGUCACCCACUAUGGGCCACAUUUCACCCUCAUCAGAGACAUCUCCCUGGAGAGCAACUCUUACAGAGUCAUCCACCACACAGCUUUCUACUUUGGGAUCUGCAUCAGCAUGACCCUGAUCCUCGCAGCCCUGCUGGGCUCUGUCGCCAUGGUGCGGGAAUCGCAAAGCCUCACUGCCAUGGGAUUUUUCUGUUUUGCUCUGGCCUUCUGCGGAUUGGUCCCAGCUGCCUGCUGGAGAUACACGCACAGCACGGAGGUGGAAGAGAGUAUGAUGGAUGUGUAUGAUCUUGUGUAUGAGGAGGUGAGGAGGAAUGCCUCCAGCUUCAGGAGGCACGAGCUGACUGCCAUCCACAAAGCAUUCCUGUGCUGUGGGAAGCAUUCUCCUUUUGGGGACACAACCAACAUUGACAGCAAGACAUGCCCACCUGGCCAGGCAAAUGAUGCCGGACAGGACUGCCUCCGAGAGAUCCAGUUCUUCCUGAAGAAGCACAUGGACUUUGUCACCACACUCCUGGGCAUCACCAUUGGCUUCACGGUUUAUGGAAUGAUCUUGACUUCAUUCCUCUGGUUCUCCAUCCACUUCAGCAGCAACCUGGAUAGGAAAGGAAAAUACAUUCUGCGAGAGAGGUAGAAAUCCAUCACCUGGGCAUCCCCACCAGGCAGAGCCAGAUUUUGCACAGGAAGAUGUCUGAAGUCACACACAGAAUCCCCUGGGAAGGCUUUACAUGGGUUCAGGCAGCGGGGUGUGUGUGUCAUGCAUUUCCCCUUCCUGCACUACUAGCUGUUGUGUGUUUCUGAGCUGGUCAGAGCAGAUGGUGCUCUGAGGAGGAGCAGUGCCACACCUUCGCCAAAAAUGAACAAGGCCUGAGACGCACUGGAGGACUGAGAAACUGGAGCAGGUUGCCCAGAGAAGCUGUGGCUGCCCCAUCCCUGGCAGUGUUCAAGGCCAGGUUGGAUGGGGCUUGGUGCAACCUGGUCAAGUGGAAGGUGUCCCUGCCAGUGGCAGCGUGGUUAGAACGAGAUGAACUUUAAGGUCACUUCCAACCCAGACUGUUCUGUGAUUCUAUGAUGCACCUAGGCUUGGAGAUGCAGAUCAGCUCACCAGGAGACAUAGGGGCUGUAGCUCCACAAACAGGACACAAAGAGCCCCUUAAGACAAAGAUGGAGAGAAAAGCCCAGCAAAAAUCACAGCAUUAAACCAAACUUCUCUUGUGCUGUCAUCUGAGCAUUCCCUGUGACCCCCAAAGAUGUAAUAUUUCUAGGAAGAUGGCUUUGGAUCACAGCCUGGGAUAAUCUUGGACCAUUGGCAAAUAUAUGGACACAAGGUGUGUCACUGGUGAUGGGAAAUGUGUUCUUGUAGCUUGGACGCUCAUAUUGAUUGACUUUGGGCAUGUUUCUGAUCAUGCUCAAGUAUGUAGGAAGCCAAUGACUGUCAGCUGUUUUUCCCCUGUUUUCAAAUAUUGCCAGACUUACACCAGCUACCAGCUUUUGGUAGAGAUCAGGAAAAAAAUCAGAAAAACAGUGCAUGAGCUUUGAAACAAAUAACCAGCAAACAGACGCUCUUAUUCCUCUUUAUUAAUGCAAUACACCAUGAUUUUUUAAUUCCUAGCACGUAGUCAACCUCCUAGAGCUUGAUGCCACACUGUUUUCACAGGGGCUUGUUCAACUUCUAUCCUUAGCUCUGUGUUUAUCUAGCUUCACUAACCCACAACACUGCUGUGCAAUACAAAAGGACUUUGAUAUUACACAUACACGCAGGUCUGAAGUUUAAAUCUAUAAAAGAACAGGACUGAUCUUCAGCCAGGUCAAACAAUACAAUGUCCAACUCCAUGUCCUCUCUUUACAUCAUCACCUUAUCAAUAAUAAACAGAAAUUUUAAAAGCCUC